UUCCCCUUUUGUACCAUUUCCUGGAACCAUCCUUCAGUUCUCCCCUACCCUCCCCACGCCAUUCAUCUCAUCGCCUCCCCUUUAUACAUCCAUCCCUAUUUCAGAUCCGACCAAUCUCCAUAUUCAUCCCCAAAUUUGACCUACUUUGAUCGGAUUAUGGCGGAAGAGCACGGAUUCCAGUCGCCGGAAGGCCACCGCUUAUGCGUCAACAACUGCGGAUUCUUCGGCAGUCCGGCCACGCAAGGUAUGUGCUCCAAAUGCUAUCGAGAUCUCUGCCUCCAGAAAUCCGGCGAAUCCGCGCUAUUCUCUCCUCCUUUGACCUCCGCGCCGCCGUCUUCCUCGUCAUCGCCGGCCGCGCCGCAGCCGAGCGCUGCGGCGGAGGUCUCCUCCUUCGCCGAUAAGGUGGAGGCGGCGGCGCCGGCGGUUGUGGCAGCGCAGGCGACGAAUCGGUGCUCUUCGUGCAGGAAGAAGGUCGGAUUGACCGGUUUCCGGUGCCGGUGCGGCUUGACGUUCUGCGGUGGUCACCGGUACGCCGAGAAGCACGGCUGCACCUUCGAUUUCAAGGCCAUGGGAAGGGAGGCGAUCGCCAAGGCUAAUCCGGUGGUCAAAGGCGAGAAGCUGGAGAAGAUUUGAUCGGGCGAUCUCAGCCGUUGAUUUCGUGCUUGUGAUGAUGAUGAUGAUGGUGAUGUGCGGUGCCGAUCUUCUCUUUCCAUCUACCGCCGCGGACAACGUGUGAAUUUGAUGUGUAUAUUUUUAUUGUUAUUAUUAUUUAUUAUUAUAAUUAUAAUUAUUGUAAUAUAAUAAUAAUUUAUUAUUAUUUUUUUCACUUUUCAUUAGUGUAUUGUUAUUAGCAUUAGUGACAUGAUUUUAUGUGGUCAUUUGUAAUAUCAAAAAAAUAAUAAAAAGAAAGGGGUACGGGUACGGUAGUGUUUGAGAA